AUGGCAGUCAAAAUAAUAAAGGGACCAAGAGCCUGGAAUUCGAGCUCAAAGAAGCCUCCAGGGCCCUGGAAACUACCUCUAAUCGGAAACUUGCACCAGCUGGUUGGUUCGCCAGCGCAUCGCCACCUCAGAGACCUGUCCAUGAAGCAUGGACCGUUGAUCCACCUCCAGCUAGGUGAAGUUUCCACCAUUGUUGUUUCUUCUCCAGAGAUUGCCCGAGAAGCUAAGAAAACCCAUGACAUCAACUUUGCAGACAGACCCUUUCUGGUUUCCACCAAAUUGGUAACUUAUGGCUAUACUGAUAUUGCUCUUGCACCCUAUGGAAACUACUGGAGACAGUUGCGAAAAAUUUGCAACCGUGGAGCUGUUAAAGUGCGAAACGGGUCCAGUCAUUUCGAUCAACCAGGGAAGAGGAGGGCAGCUUUUGGAAACAAAUGCAAAGAUGAAGAAGGCUUCAUAUCAUGCGUAGUGGAAGCCAUAAGGGCAGCUGCAGGUUUCCCCAUUGCUGAUUUGUACCCUUCGGUUAAAGCACUUGAUGAGGUGAUGAGUGGAAAGAGAAUGAAACUUGAAAAGCUGUAUCAGAAGAGUGAUAGAAUCCUUGAAGAAAUCCUGAAUGAGCAUAAAGAGACAGCGAAAACUGGCCAAGGAGAAGAAAAAGAAGAUUUAGUUGAUGUUCUUCUGAGAAUAGCGUCUGAUGGUGAACUUGAAUUUCCCUUAAGUGACAGCAAUAUCAGAGAAAUUAUAUGGGAUAUUUUUAGUGCUGGCAGUGAAACAUCCUUCCACAGCUGUGGAAUGGGCAAUGGCAGAAAUGCUAAGAAACCCAAGAGUAAUGAAAGAGGCAUAAGCUGA